AUGAAGGGUCUUUACGAAGAGAUUAAAAACUUCAAAAAGAGAAUGACCGAAGGCAGAGCGGUCGCCCAGAGUCAGCCAAGCCUAGUCACCGGUCGAUAUUUGUUUCCGUUAAGGAAAACUCAAUCUAGAGAUCGGGAGAGUGUGGCCAAUUGGAGAGAAAAGGUAUGAUUUAAAGUUCAUAUUGAUUUUAAUUUUUUUAAAUGAAUGUUUGUAACUAAAAUUGGCUAAAAUUUUUUUAUAAGUUUUUACCUCGCUCAAAGUAAAAAAUUUUAAAAGUUGAAAAAAUUCCGUUUUCAGAAUUGCUGCUGCCAACAACGUGCCAUAGAAGCCGAAUCCGCCCAACGCAAACUGAUUGAAGAGAACGUUGAACUUCGUCGCUUAUGUUUAUACCUAGACAAACAACGAAUCCAAAAACAACGUCAGCUACGAGAUAUUCAACAAAGUAAUCAGAUAUACGACCAAGCUCACACUCUACAUCGACAACAACAAUGUUGUUAUGCUCCGCCAUGUUGUUCUCAAUGUAAUUACCAAGAAGCUUGUUGUCAGGUAGACGAUCACAAUAAUGGAAGUUUGAAAUGGAGUGAGAGUCCACAAGAAAAUAGAAGUACAGAGAGUCCGAAGAGGGAUGAGAGCUUGUUGGCUUAUAUUAAAGCGUUGGAGGAGAGGAUAUUAUUGCUGGAGGCUGAGAAAACUUCGAAAGAUGGUAGUCGAUAUCAGGUAUGUUAUCCGUUGCAACGUUGUUCUCUUAUUUUAGCCUUACUCUAGUCCUAGUAAAUCUCUGCUCUAGCCUUUCUUAGGUUUACCUUGCCUUGCUCUAAUCCUGCUCCAUCCUUGCCCUAGCUUUGUCAUAGCUUUGCCUAGCCUUGCUUUAGCCUUUCUCUAGCUUUGCCCUAGCUUUGUUCUAGCUUUGCCAUUGUAUUACUCUAGCAUUGACCGAGCCUUAUUCUCGUUUUGCUCCAAUUUUGAUCUAACCCUGCUCUAGCCGUAUACUAUCCGUGCUCAAGUCGUGCGUUAGCCAGGCCGUAGCACUGCCUUAGCCCUACCCUAGUCCUACUCUAGUCCUAGUCUCGUUCUAACUCUACCUACUCUUACUGUAUCCUUGAUCUAUCUUCUAGACAUAGGUCUACAUUAUAUUGCUUUUGUUUUACCUUGCAUAAUUAUAGAGUCAAGACAAGCUACCAAAAGCAAACGUGAACAUUCAAACGUCAUUCGUCGAGUCAGCAAGGUUCACAUGUUCAACACCUCAAUCAGAAUUGUCCGAAGAAAGCUACACACCUCAAGCUGCCACAGAAAACGACUUACAACAUCUACAAGUUAGCAUGAAAACUAGCAGUGAGUAUACUAUAAGUUAUCCAAGCUUUUAAAAGUUCAAAAUUUGAAAAUUUUUUACUUUUUUUUCAAAAAAAAUACUUUAGGUUCAGGCACUACCUACACCAGUAGCUCGUUUGACGAAGCUGAGGACGAUCUUUCAGUAGCCACGACUGUCUACCGGCCGUUGGCGGAAACUAAAUUAACAACCGAACAGCAAAAAGAACUUCAGAAUACUCAAACUGCUUCUACUAUUGUACGAAAGUUCAUGUCGACUAGGGAAAAGUUUUUACAAAGUAUCAGAAAACGAGUAGAGAGUCCGGAAUAUGCUCAGAUCCAAAGGAAUUUAGGUACGGCUAAAGACAGAAGACGUAUGUAUGCUUAUGGACAACAUUCAUUUGAUGUGGCAGGUCAUUAUGACUACAAUCAUCCGGAAGAUUACGAUGAGAAUAGUGAUAACGACGAUUUGCCUCCUAAACUUAAUUUGAUUUCGGUGAGUUUUAUCUGUAGGCUAUAGUUUGAUUUUAGGUUUAGUUUAAUUAAACGUUAUGAAAAUUAUUUUCAGACGUCCGGCCGCCGUAACCCAGCUCGUCUUUCAGCGUGA